UGCGUGUGUGGUUUAAAAACACAUGUGCAGCUGCUGGCGUAACCAGAGAAGCAAAACACAUUAUACUUACUGCAUAAGACGACAUAAUGUUAAUAAUUAAUAAUAACGAGUACUUAUUAUCAUAAUCGCAUAUUAUAAUGUAUUAACAGCUAUUAGUCGCAGUGUUUUAGGAGUUUAGCAAUAGUUGUCAUUUAGAGUUGUGUGAUGGAAGGGGUCCGGUGGGCGUUCCGCUGCGGUUCGUGGGUUCCGAGCCGUUCCGAGUGGACCCUCGCUGCCCGGUGUGUCCAGCAGGAGGAAAAACAGCGAAUCGGACAAUUCGUGUUCGCUAAAGAUGCCAAAUCCGCUAUGGCUGGACGUCUGCUCAUCAGAAAGCUGGUUUGUGAGAAGAUGGGUUUUGCAUGGGACGGGUUUCGACUGGAACGAACAGAACGGGGUAAACCGUACCUGCCACAGACCUCGUCUGCCCCUAGCUGGAGCUUCAACGUUUCCCAUCAGGGAGAUUACGCCAUUCUGGCAGCAGAAGCAGGACGUCAGGUGGGCACAGAUGUGAUGAAGACCAGCAGACCAGGCAGCAGCUCCGUGCAGGAGUUUUUCCGUAUCAUGAAUCGUCAGUUUACAGAGAUGGAGUGGACGAACAUCCGGAUGGCGGGAUCAGACUGGGACCAACUGCACAUGUUUUAUAGACACUGGGCAUUAAAGGAGAGCUUCAUUAAAGCGAUUGGCACAGGAUUGGGCUUUGAUCUGCAGAGGGCGGAGUUUCACAUCUCACCCAAUCAGAUGAGAGAGGGGCAGGUGUACCGGCAGACACGCAUGUACCUGGACAAUGAAGAAGAGGAGGACUGGACAUUUGAGGAGAGUUUAUUGGACAAAGAUCAUCAUGUCGCUGUGGCACUGGGAAAACCAGAUAUCAGCAUGUCUCAGGAGGAUGGUGGAAGUUCUCGUGAGGCUCCGCCUCCUGCAUUUACAGUAUUGAGUUUCGGUGAUCUGGUGUCACAAGCCACGCCCCUACUAGAUGAAGACCCCGCCUACUGGGAGGAGUUUCAGAGGAAAAAGGAAGCACCUUCAAGGCAAAGUGAACAGCAAUGACUCUUGGAUGCAAAAUUGUAAAUAAUUACUUUUCUUUUGUGGCCAUUUAUAUUCUGUGCUCUCGUUUGAAUAAUAAAGUGUACAUUUUGUAUCA